CGCCGUGAGGGCGACGAUGUCGGCUUCCUUAGUCCGGGCCACUGUCCGGGCCGUGAGCAAGAGAAAGCUGCAACCCACUCGGGCCGCUCUGACUCUGACACCUUCAGCAAUUAACAAGAUAAAACAGCUUCUUAAAGAUAAACCUGAGCAUGUAGGCCUGAAAGUUGGUGUCCGAACCAGAGGCUGUAAUGGCCUUUCUUAUACUCUAGAAUAUACAAAGACAAAAGGAGAUUCAGAUGAAGAAGUUGUUCAAGAUGGAGUUAGAGUGUUCAUCGAAAAGAAAGCACAACUGACACUUCUAGGAACAGAAAUGGACUAUGUUGAAGACAAAUUAUCCAGUGAGUUUGUGUUCAAUAAUCCAAACAUCAAAGGAACAUGUGGCUGUGGAGAAAGCUUUAAUAUUUGACUCCACAGGACUACUCCCAGAAAAGUGGAGACCCUGAGGCUCGCUGAAGAAAUCAUGUGACGCCGCACUCUUAGAAUGUAUAAUGAGUGCUGCCUUGUGAGGAAAAUAAAGUAAUGCAUUUGAAAAUUAAA